AGUUGAGAACAGGAAGUUCAUUCGCGGAUCGGAGUUAGCCAGAGAGGCCACGCUGCUCCUUCUGCCGCAUUCACUGCGUUUCUUGCUCUGCCCGUACAAUCCCAGGAAGUCUGCGGAAACACCCUGAGCCGCCACCCGCUGCUUCUGUGCCUCUUCAUCUGCCGCCUGUGGGUCCCACAUGCUGGGGACUUUUUCUGCUCCACACUCUCCGCUUUGUUCCCUGAAGAAGGGGGACGUGCUCCCAGGACUUUCCACGGUGAUGAUAGCAUUUGAAGACCUGGCUGUGUACUUUAGCUGGGAGGAAUGGCAGAACAUGAACAAUGCUCAGAAAAUCCUGUACAGGGAUGUGAUGCUGGAGACCUACAGCAGCCUCCUCUCCUUGGGGCACUGCACCACCAAACCUGACUUGAUCUUCAAGUUGGAGCGAGGAGCAGAGCCAUGGAUGGUGGAAGAAUGCCUGAAUCAAAGCCUUCCAGUUGCCAUGAAAAGGGAUGACCUGAUUUGGACCAACCAGCAAAAUCAGGACAAAAAUCUGAGUCAGCAUGUUAUGAAAAAUAACAAAACAUCAACUCUCAAGAGAGUUGAAUUAAGAAAAAAACUUAAUUUAAGUUCAACACAUCAGAGAAUUCACACAGGGGAGAAACCUUAUGAAUGUAAUGACUGUGGAAAUGCUUUUCGCAAGAAGUCAGAACUCAGAAAGCAUCAGAUAACUCACACAGGGGAGAAACCUUAUGAAUGUAAUGACUGUGGAAAUACCUUUCGCAGUCAGUCAGAACUCAGAAAGCAUCAGAUAACUCACACAGGGGAGAAACCUCAUGAAUGUAAUGACUGUGGAAAAGCCUUUGGCCAGAAGUCACACCUUUUAAGGCAUCAGAAAAUUCACACAGGGGAGAAACCUCAUGAAUGUAAAGACUGUGGAAAAGCUUUUGGCUGGAAGUCAGACCUCAUGAUGCAUCAGAGAAUUCACACAGGGGAGAAACCUUAUGAAUGUAAUGACUGUGGAAAAGCAUUUUGCUCUACAUCACAUCUCAUUUCACACCGGAGAAUUCACACAGGGGAGAAACCUUAUCAAUGUAAUUACUGUGGAAAAGCCUUUGGCUUUAAGUCAGUCCUCAGCAAACAUCAGAGAAUUCACACAGGGCAAAAACCUUAUGGAUGUGAUCGCUGUGGAAAAGCGUUUGGCUCUAAGUCAGCUCUCAGCAGACAUCAGGGAACUUCCACAUAUAAGAAAUCUUACAAAUGCAAUCACUGUGGAAAAUCCUUUUGCUUUAAAUCACAUUUAAUUGCACACCAGAGAAUUCACACAGGGGAGAAAGUUUAUGAAUGUGAUGACUGUGGAAAAGCCUUUGGUUAUAAGUCAAACUUCCUCAGACAUCAGCAAAUCCAAGGGGAAAAACCUUAUGAAUGCAAUGACUGUGGAAAACCUUUGGUCUUAAGCCACAGCUUAUAAGGUAUCAGAAAAUUCACACAAGGGAGAAACUAUGAAUGUAAUGACUGUAGAAAAGCCUUUGGCCAGAAGUCAAACCACAUAAUGCAUCAGAGAAUUCACACAGGAGAAAAUCAUGCAUGUAAUGACUGGAAAAUACUUUUGCUAUAAAUCACAGCUCAUGAAACACCAGAGAAUUCACAUUGGGGAGAAACUUUCUGAAUGUAAUAGUGAGGAAAAGUCUUUGGCCAUAAGUCACAUCUCAUAAUCCAUCACAGAAUUCACACAAGGAGAAACCUUAUGAAUGCAAUGACUGGAAAAUCCUUUUGCUAUAAAUCAUAACUUAUAAUACAAAAGAAUUCACACAAGAGAGAAGUUUUAUGAAUGUAAUGACUGAAAAGCCUUUGGCCAUAAGCUACAGCUGAUAAACUAUCAGAAUUCACUGAGGAGAGAAAUUUCAUGAAUGCUACUUGAAUUCUGAAGGUAACUGAAGUGCUAUGAAAUAGAUGAGCACAAUCUCUGGUGGUAGAAGUCAAAAUAAUGAUCUGCUCUGGGAAGCUGGACAGAGUGCUAGUGGGAUCAACAACAGAUUGAUCAGAUAGCUUCCUGGUACAUAUCUAAGUAUUAAUAUAUGGCAGUUCUUUCCUUAGCAGCAUGAAUGUUGGAAAAUACAUGAUGUGGUGCAUCUUUAGAAGCCAUUUCUUAAGUCUAGGUGAAAUGCUAGAAAAUGCUGCUGAGUAGGUGGCUAAUGUGAGCCAGCUGGUCUAUAUAUUGAACUCUGUGGUGCCAAGAUACUACUGUCAACUGAUCUCCUGAGAUUUGGAACCUGAGGUCAUUGUGUAUCACUGGAUAUUUUCUCUGAUCUUUUCAUAACCUUAUUAACUUGAGUAAGCAGUAAGAGAGGCUGGAAUAUUCAAUACAAAUUAUUAAGAAAAGAGUUUUGUACAUUUGUUAUACUAAAAUGUGCCAGUUGAUCAAGAACAGAUUAUACAGGUCCACUCAGUAGAAACCCAGUUGGUCACAAGAUUGAAUAAAUGGAAAAUUGUGAACAAGCUUUGUAUUAUGCAUUUAUGUUUAAAGUUAAUUGAUUUGGGGAAAGGUCUUUGUUGCAGUGCUUAAUAAAGCACUUGGGAUGUCCACACUCUAGUAUGAAUAUGUAGAUUUGUGUCCAGUUUCACUUCUGAUUCUAGCAUUCUGCUAAUGCACAUAUUGGGAGGCUGAAGGUAAUGGUUCAAAUAUUUGCAUCUUUCCAUUCAAAUGGAAAGCCUAGACUGAAUUUUCACCUCCUGGUUUUAAUCUGUCCUGAUCCAGCUGUAGACAAGUAGGUAGAAGAUCAUUUCCUGCCUCUGAGUGUCUGUUGUCAAAAUUAAAAAACAACUAAAGAUUCUAUAGUUUAGCUUAUUCUAUUCUUGGGAUAAAGGAUCUGUUCAUGGUUUCUUAUGUAUCUGUCCUGUGAUGAUAAGGGCAGGUAUAUUGUGGCUCAGCCAUAAAGUGUCCAAGAGAGAAGACACCCUGGGUGGGGUCAACCAUGGCUUUUCCAGAAUGGCAAUGUACAACCAUAAAUCCAGAAGCUAAAUAUUAAAUAAAUACAGCAUUGAAAAAUGUUUACUGGGGCUGGCACUAUUGUGUAGCAAGUAAAGCUGCCAGCUGCAGUGCUGGCAUCCCAUAUGGGCACCAGUUUGAAUCCCAGCUGCUCCACUUACUCAGUUUUCUGCUAUGGUCUGGGGAAGCAGUAGAAGAUGGCCCAAGUUGUUGGGCCCCUGCACCCAUGUAAGAGACCUGGAAGAAGCUCCUGGAUAGGCCCAGCUCUGGUCAUUGCAGCCAUUUGGGGAAUGAGCCAAUGGAUGGAAGACCUCUUUCUCUCUCUCUCUCUCUCUACCUCUCUUCUCUCUGUGUAACUCUGACUUGCAAAUAAAUAAAUCUUUAAAAAAAAAAAAAAGCUUGAUCUUCCACAAAUGACUAGAACAAAGUUUCUUUAUUUUUAUAAUUGCCUUUUCUCCAGUUUCUUGUAUUUCUCAUUUCCACCUGACACCAUAACACAAUAACUUUUUGCUCUUGUUUUUUUUUUUUUAUUUUCUCAUUUUUGAAAUUUUAUUUGUUAUAAAAGUUUCAUAUAUUUCACAUAUGCUGAUUUAGGAACAACAUCACACUGUCCAUCUUGUCCUCCCUCCCUACCACAUUUCAACCUUUCUUCCUCCUCCUCCCAUUCCCACUCUAAAUUUUUACAAAAAUCUACUUUCACUUUACUUACUGAUUAUAAACUUAACCCUACACUAAGUAAAACAGCUCAACAAAUAGUAUGAAGAAAAAGAAAAAAAUCAUUUCUCAACAGAAUAAACAAGGGUUGUAUACAAUCACUGCAUCUCAAAAUGUCCGUUCUGUCCAAUAUGUUACAUUUGGGCCUCUGUAUUUGUAACUGUAGUUCAGGGAAAACAUUAUUUCUGGUUUUUUUUUUUUUUUUUGGACUGGUUUAUUUCAUUAAGUAUAAUGGUUUCCAAUUGCAUCCAUUUUGUUGCAAAAAACGGGAUUUCAUUUUUUUUUACAGCUGGGUCAUAAUCCAUAGUGUGUAUAUAUACCAUAUUUUUUUUCUAUCCUGUCUGUAGUUGAUGGACAUAGCUAUGAUGAUUAGGUUGAUUCCAUACCUUAGCUAUUGUGAAUUGUGCUGCAAAAAACAUGAGUGUAAUGAUAACUCUUUCAUACGCUAAUUUCUUUUGGUUUGGGUAAAUUCCCAGGAGAGGGAUGGCUGGAUCAUAUGUUAGGUCUAUAUUCAGGUUUCUGAGGUAUCUCCAAACUGUAUUCCACAAUGGCUGCAACAAUUUAUAUUCCCACCAACAGUAAAUUAAGGUAUUGUUUUCCCCACAUUCUCACUAGCAUUUGUUGUUUGUAAAUUUCUGUAUGAGAGCCUUUCUAACUGGAGUGAAGUGAAAGCUCAUUGUGGCUUAGAUUUGCAUUUCCCUAAUGGCUAGUGAUCCUGAGCAUUUUUUUCAAGUGUCUGUUGGUGAUUUGGAUUUACUAUCUUAUGAAAUGCCUGUCCAAGUCCUUUGCCCAUUUCUUAACUGGAUUUUUUAUUUUGUUGUUGUUAAGAUUCUGGAUAUUCAGUUGCAUUGUUUGAGAACAUUUUCUCACAGUGGGUUAAUGCCCUGGUCUGAAGUGCUGGCAUCCCAUAUGGGCAUCAGUUCGAAGCCUGGCUGCUCCACUUCCAGUCUGGCUCUCUGCUGUGGCCUGGGGAAGCAGUAGAGAAUGGCCCAAAUCCUUGGGCACCUGUGCUUGCAUGGGAGACCCAGUAGAAUCUCCUGGCUCCUGGCUUUGGAUCAGCGCUGCUCCAGCUGUUGCAACCAUCUGGGGAGUGAACCAGUGGAUGGAAGACCUCUCUCUCUCUCUCUCUCUCUCUCUCUCUCUCUCUCUGCCUCUCCUCUCUCUGUGUAACUCUGACUUUUGAAUAAAUAAAUCUUUCAAAAAAGAGAACAUUUUCUCAUUCUGUUGGUUGUAUCUUCACUUUGAUGUGUGUGUGUUUUUUUUUUUUUAAGUUUUAUUUUUAUUCAUUUGAAAGAGUUACAGAGCUAGGUAGAGAUAGAGAGAGAGGUCUUCCAUCUGCUGGUUCACUCCCCAGAUGGCUGCAACAGCCAUAGCUGUGCUGAUCUGAAUCCAGGAGCCAGGAGCUUCCUCUGGGUCUCUCAUGUGGGUGCAGGGGCCCAAGCACUUGGGCCAUCCUCUACUGCUAUCCCAGGCCACAGCAGAGAGCUGGAUCAGAAGAGGAACAGCCAGGACUAGAAUCGGUGCCCAUAUGGGAUGCCAGUUCUUUAGUCUAGGGCUUUAACUUGCUGGGCCACAACUCUGGCCCCCUUGCUGAGUGUUUCUUUUGCAGUGCAAAAGCUUCUCAGUUUGAUGUAAUCCCAUUUAUCAAAUUUGGCUUUGAUAGUGCUUCUGGAGUCUUCUCCAAGAGUCUUUGCUUAUGCCAACAUCUUACAGUGUUUCCCAGUGUUCUCUAGUAAUUUGAUGGUAUGGGGUUGUAGAUUUAGGUCUUUGAUUCAUUUUGAGUGCAUUUUUGUGUAAGGUAUAAGGUAGGAGUCCCAUUUUAUAUUUCUGCAUGCCUAGAUCCAGUUUUCUCAGAAUCACCAUUUGUUGAAGAGUUUGUCCUUGCUCCAGGAAUUUAUUUUAGCUCCUUUGUCAAAAGUAAGUUGGUUGUAGAUGUGUGGAUUGAUUUCUGCAUUUUCUAUUCCACUUCACUGGUCUACACAUUUGCUUCUCUACCAGUACCAGGCUGUUUUGAUUAUAAUUGCCCUAUAAUAUGUUUUUUUAAUUUGAAAGUUGGAGUUGGAGGGAGGGAGGGAGUGAGAGAGAGAGAGAGAGAGAGGGGUCUUCCAUCUGCUGGUUCACUCCCCAAUUGGCUUUAAUGGCUGGAGUUGCACCAAUCUGAAGCCAGGAGCCAGGAGCUUCCUCCAGGUCUCCCACAUGGGUGCAAGGGUCCAAGGACUUGGGCCAUCUUCUAUGGCUUUCCCAGGACAUAGCAGAGAGCUGGAUCAGAUGUGGAGCAGCUGGGACUCAAACCAGCCCCAUAUGGAAUGCCAGCACUGCAAAUGGUGGCUUUACCCACUAUGCCACAGUGCUGGCCCUUGCCCUGUAAUGUCUUGAAAUUUGGUAUUGUGACACCUUUGACUUUUUUGUUGUUGUUGGAUAAGAUUGUUUUAGGUAUUUGAGAUGUCUCAUGCUUCCAUAUGAAUUUUAGCAUCAUUUUUUCUAGGUCUGCAAAUAAUGCCAUUGAUGCUUUGUUUAGGAUUACAUUUAAUCUGUAAAUUGCUUCCAGUAGUAUGGAUAUCUUCAUGAUGUUGAUUGUUACAAUCCAUGGUCAUCGAUAAUUUUUUUCAUUUUUAGUGUCUUCCAUUUUUUCUUUAAUGUUUUGUAAUAUUCAUUGUAAAGAUCUUUGAUUUUCUUGAUUAAUUGCUUUCCAAGGUAUUUAAUUCUUUUUGUAGCUAUUGUAUUUGUAUUUCUUGUAUGCUCAUUAAACCAUGCCAUUCUACAAUCCAUUAUCCAGUUCUGUAUCCACUUCCACAUGUUUAAGUAGUUGUUAAAAAAUUACCCCAAAUUUUGUGCUACCAUGUCUCUAAUUGCUGGGGAUAUCAUAGGAAGAUACCACAUAUGAUCUCAGUUACACAGAAUAAAAUUAUUCUUCACAGUUCUGAAAGCUGUGAGUUCCAGUGUCAA